GUGAUGUUUUCUUGGUUGCCUGUGUCUUUCAUCUGCAGAUCGUGGUUCCUGUAACUGCAGGGGAACCAGCCCCACUCUUUCCUCUGGAGGACCACCCCUCUAGGGUCUCUGAGGAACAAUGGAAGUCUUGGGGUUCCUCAGACUGGAAGCCAGUGGCCCCAUGGUGAUGGUGGCCCUGUCAGUGGUCCUCUUGGUUCUCCUGAAGUGGUACUCCACAUCAGCAUUUUCAAGACUAGAGAAGCUGGGCAUCAGACAUCCCAAGCCUUCUCCUUUUAUUGGAAACUUGACAUUUUUCCGCGAGGGUUUCUGGGAAAGCCAGAUGGAACUCAGAAAGCAAUACGGACCUCUGAGUGGGUACUAUCUUGGUCGUCGGAUGUUUAUUGUUAUCUCUGACCCAGACAUGAUCAAGCAGGUGUUGGUUGAGAAGUUCAGUAACUUCACCAACAGAAUGGCGUCAGGUUUGGAGCCCAAACCGGUAGCCAACAGUGUCCUGUUUUUACGCGACAAAAGAUGGGAAGAGGUCAGAAGUGUCCUGACUUCUGCUUUCAGUCCUGAAAAGCUGAAUGAGAUGACUCCUCUAAUCAGCCAAGCCUGCAACCUGCUCCUGGCCCAUUUAAAGCACUAUGCAGAAUCCAGGGACGCUUUCGACAUCCAGAGGUGCUACUGCUGCUACACCACAGAUAUAGUUGCCAGUGUCGCCUUUGGCACCCAGGUGAACUCCCAGAAGGCUCCCGGGCACCCCUUCGUGAAGCACUGCCGGCGCUUCUUUGCAUCCUCCAUCCCCAGACCUAUCCUGGUUUUAAUCUUAUCAUUUCCAUCCAUAAUGGUCCCACUGGCCCGGAUUUUGCCCAAUAAGAACCGAGAUGAACUGAAUGGCUUUUUUAACAAACUCAUCAGGAAUGUGAUUGCCUUGCGAGACCAGCAAGCAGAAGAGAGGCGGAGAGAUUUCCUCCAAAUGGUCCUGGAUGCCCGACAUUCCACCACCUCCGUGGGCGUGGAGAACUUUGACAUGGUCAGACAAGUCUUCUCUGCCACUGAAUGCACAGUGAACCCUUCCCAGCACCACCAGCCCAGACUCCUGUCCAAGCCUUUGACUGUGGAUGAGGUCGUGGGCCAGGCCUUCAUCUUCCUCAUCGCUGGCUACGAGAUCAUCACCAACACUCUCUCUUUCGCCACCUACCUCCUGGCCACCAACCCUGACUGCCAAAAGAAGCUUCUGAGAGAGGUGGACCACUUCAGCGAGAAACAUCCGGCCCCUGAGUACUGCAGCCUCCAGAAAGGCCUGCCCUACCUGGACAUGGUGAUUGCAGAGACCUUGAGGAUGUACCCACCGGCUUUCAGGUUCACACGGGAGGCAGCACAGGACUGCGAGGUGCUGGGGCAGCGCAUCCCCGCGGGCGCCGUGCUGGAGAUGGCCGUGGGCGCCCUGCACCAUGACCCCGAGCACUGGCCGCGCCCUGAGACCUUCGACCCUGAGAGGUUCACGGCCGAGGCCCGGCGGCGCCAGCGGCCCUUCACGUACCUGCCGUUCGGGGCAGGUCCCCGGAGCUGCCUCGGGGUGAGACUGGGGCUCUUGGAGGUCAAGCUGACGCUGCUCCAUGUCCUGCGCAAGUUCCGGUUCGAAGCCUGUCCCGAGACUCAGAUACCGCUGCAGCUAGAAUCCAAAUCUGCCCUAGGUCCAAAAAAUGGCAUCUACAUCAGGAUUGUCUCCCGCUGACAAAGUCAUGACCAGCCCCUAAUUCAAAGAAAACCCUCAUUUGGAAAUUCAGAUUUUUGGAAAAACAUCACCGAAGCAACUGAAAGCGCGCCUGGCAUAUGAGUAUAAAAGAGGCCAUUUACGUAACAUUUCCUAAAUGCUUAAUAAAUGU